UGUCCCCAGGGAGGAUGCACAUAGCCAAUGUCUGGGUUUCCAUAAACAUCUAAGAGCGUUUCUGCAAAGCAGCUGUCUGGAUCAACGGAGCAAAGCCUGAAAUAUAACCUUAAAUUCCAGUUUAAAUGUCAGUUUAGCAGCAGAUGUUCUUCUCGUAAACAGCACUGAACAGAGAAGAUAGAAACGUUUCGAAUCGAUGAUGAAAACAGUCAAGACAAACUGAACAGAGACCCUCCAGCAAAACCAAAAAUGACAGCUGAGGCAGCCAAGGAACUCGACGAGCUAUGCUUCCUGUCAGCGCAGUCCCUGCCCACCCUGAAGGUGUCGAACCAUUUCAAGGUGCUGAAGCUCCUUGGAGAGGGAUCGUAUGGAAAGGUCAUGUUGGCAUUGCACAGGAAGAGAGGAACUCCAAUGGCUCUGAAGUUCUUUCCUCGAAAGUCCACCUUACUCACCUCUUUCCUGCGGGAAUACAACCUCUCCCUCGCUUACUGCACCCAUCCUUCUCUGACGAGGGCCCUCGGCAUCUUCUUCUCCACACCGUCCUACUAUGUCUUCGCCCAGCAACCCUGUCUGUACGGUGAUCUUUACAGCGUUGUUGUGUCAGAGGUCGGGGUGAAUGAGAACUGCGUCCAGAGGGUGAUGUCCCAGCUGAGUGGAGCUGUCACACACCUCCACUCCCUAGGUUUCGUCCAUCGUGAUAUCAAGCCCGAGAACAUCUUCCUCUGUGACAGCUCCUGUCGAUGGGUCAAACUGGGUGACUUCGGCCUCACACGGGCUGUUGGCACCACGGUCCGAGGGGUAUGGUACGAGUCUCCUUUCUGCACCCCCGAGGUGGAGGCUGCCAAGAAGGUAGAGAAGGAGAUGGAGAGGAGGCUGCAGGAGGGGAUCGAGGAGGAGAUGGAGAUUGAGGACAUCUGGAUAACAGUGCAGCCCAGUAUUGACAGCUGGGCCCUUGGCGUGCUCAUCUACUGCCUGCUGACUGGUUGCUUCCCCUGGGAAGAGAGCACGCACGAUGACCCUGGCUACCGUAAAUACAAGGAGUGGUUUGACAAUGAGGCUGAAAAAGAGGACAAAGCACAAUAUGUUGAAGAGGAGGCUGAUAGUUAUCAAAUCAUGGAGCAAAAGCAAAGAAGCAACCCUCCUCCCUCACAAUUUGAGGGCCUCAGCCCGCUAGUGAUGACUCUAUUAAAGGAGCUCCUACACCCCAAUCCCAAACACAGAGCAAGCCCAGAGGAGAUCUUGAGCUACCUGGGAGGGCCUUGGCUCAUGGAGACAGCAAGAGAAGAACAGAGGAGGGAAAUGGAGGCUGAGAAGGAGGCCAGGAAAGUAAGAGAAAGAGGAGGUGUGGAGGAGGAGCUGCUCAGAGAGGGAAGAGGAGAGAGAUAAGCUUUAUUUUCUAUUUUGUAGAUAUUGCUGCAACUCAAAUGUAUAAGGUGCUGCUUUUUACAUGUCUGUAAAUAUCCUUCAAGGUUUCACUUUCAUUGUUUUAUAUACAUAUAUAUGUUGGUGAGUUUUAGUGUGCCAUGGCGAAUAAAUUAUGA